AUGAGCAAAAUCAUUAAUAUAGACGAUAAUACCACAGCGCACAAUGGAGGCCAAAUAACAUUAGUAUCUGUUUCUCCUAAUGGUAAAUAUGUAAUCACGUAUAGCAGCAAAGAUCGUUCAAUUGAAGGAUGGAUUGUCAAAGAAAACGAUUCUAAACUUGCCCCUCUAAAACGAGACUUUGAAUGUACAUCAAAACAUGUCAUCUCUUCAGGCGAAAUAUUUGAAGAAGUCUUAUCGGCCCAAGAACGCAAAGUAAUUAUUAAGGAUAAUAAAAUAUGGGCCAUUUAUCCAGAUUUAUUAUAUCAAUGGGAUUUGAAUAUAAUUCAAUUCGAAUUUAGUUAUUCGCUUAAAUUUGACGGCAAAGACGUUGAAGAUAUUAUAUUGAGAGAAAAUUUAAUCUUGAAAUCUUCGAUUGAAGUAUUAAACAAUUAUUAUCUUUUGGCUUUUAAUUUACCCAAUAUAAACGAAAAACAAGAUAUAAGCCUACAUCACAUAACUGAAAUUAAAAAACAACCUGUUGAUGAAGAUGUAUCAAAGAUUUUUAAUGAUAAUAGUUUCAUUCUUUAUGAAUAUAGUUCAGAAUCAAAGAAGGCAUUUGGAUUAGUCAAUGGAAAAACCUCAAGUUCCGAAAUUAAUUUAACCAAGAUAAAUUGGCGUACCAUUGAUAUGGAGUAUGGUUGGAAUAAUUACUUGUGCCAAACUUCCGAAAAUAAUUACAAUGAUACUUUGGUCUUUCCUGAUAUGGACAAAAUUAAAGCUAUGGUUUCAAAUCGAGAUAAUACAAGAUAUACAAAAGAUCCUAUAUUCAUAAAUUUCAAUAAUCAAGAAUAUAAAUGGAGAAUCGAUCAGAAGAGUAAAGUCAUCGAAAUUUAUGAGCCUCAAAAUGAAGUACCAUGUUCAACAAAAGUGUUGGAGCAAGUUGAUUGUUUUUGGAAAAUUCUUGAUAAUAAUUCAUUAGCUUUAUGCCAUUCUAUAGAUCAAUAUCGAUAUAUAACAAUAUACAAAUAUGAUGACAUUAAUAAAAGUAUUAAAACCCAUUAUUUUUACUUUGAUGAAGAUCUAACUGUUGAAAAUUUUUCUGGACCUAGCUUACCAAUGAUAAAUUUUAAAGAAUUUUUUAAACAUCUCUCUAAUUAUAAAAAACAUAAUUUUCUUAAAUCUUUAUUUGAUGAAUGGUUAAAAAACAUUAUCGAGGAUGAUAAAUGUCUUGCAAAAUAUGGAUCAAUUUUAUUAUCAGGUUUAAUCAAUCAAAAGUCAACUGAAUAUGCAGAAAUGAUUUACUUCUUAAAGAAGAUCCAAAAAGAAAUCUGA